AUGGACGAAAUUUGCGCAAAGCUGGACACCGUUCUGACGGAAUACCUUGGACUGAUUUCGACCUUCCAAGAAGAAUGGAAAAAAAUUGGAAAGGAGCUGGAAGGCGGUUUCUUGCAAAUGGCCCAUGCCAAAUACACAAUGGGACCCGGCAGGAUCUCCCAAGAUCAGUAUGAUGGAAGAAUGCAAGCUUUUACUCGAGUAUUGAUUUCCCAGGAGGAAGGUGGCUCCGUGAAUAAUACUUCAGGUGCAACAAAUUUUCAAUAUACAUUAACAAGUGGACAAUUGGAGAUCAGUAAGGGGAUUUCGAAUGAUUCCAAUAAUUCGUCGUCACCGUUGCGUCGACGUGCGAUAGAAUCCGGAGAGAUUGUAACCGAUAAGCCCACAAAGAAACGCGUGUUAAGAGAUCCAUUAAAUUGGUUUGGAGUCUUGGUCCCAUCAUCUUUGAGGGAGUCACAGAGACAUUUCAAACAAGGUUUCUCAGGAAUGAUCAAUAUUAUAAAUCUACGCGGCGAAAUCAUUAAGAAAGAAGUCGAAUAUCAAACGUUGAAGAGGGAGAAAGAAAGGAUGAUGGCGGAAACACAAACAAAUCUUGACGGUACAAAGGACGAAUGA